UUUACAGUUUAAGAAAACAUUAUGAAUCCAGCAACAGAAUACGAAAUUAAAAACUAGAAUUUGAUGUAAAGUAAUGUUGCUGCACAGUCAUGUACAGUAGGUGGCGGUGUGCACCUUAAAGUUGCUUGUGAUCCGCCAUAAUUGAAAAGAAGAAGAAGAAGCGCGGCGGAAGUGGUGGGGAUGCGGUGGAUGUUAUGGAAGAUGACAGCGGCCCCUGCUCGGUUCUCGCUCAGCCUCAGGUCAGCUCUUCCUCACGUACUUCAGUCAGUUCGGACAGGAGGUACCAGAGGGAUCCGGACGGGACCUUCUAGCCGGAUUAAGGCGGUUCCAGCAGCGUGGUGCUGACACGCGUGUCUCUGUCCACUGAUUCCAGAUCUGUGUGGAGGGGAACAUCGCCUGUGGAAAAACGACAUGUUUGGAAUAUUUCAGCAGAACCAGCAACAUAGAGGUCCAGACGGAACCGGUCUCCAAAUGGAGGGACGUCCGUGGAAACAAUCCUCUGGCCCUGAUGUACCAGGAUCCACAGCGCUGGGCUAUCACUCUGCAGACCUAUGUUCAGCUCACCAUGCUGGACAGACACCUGUCAGCCUCUGCUGCUCCUGUCAUGAUGAUGGAGAGGUCCAUCUUCAGCGCCAAGCACAUCUUUGUGGACAAUCUCUUUCAGAGUGGGAAAAUGCCGGAGGUGGACUAUGCUGUUCUGAGCGAGUGGUUUGAUUGGAUCACCGCUAACGUUUCCCUCCCAGUUGACCUGAUUGUUUACCUGCAGACGUCUCCUCUAACCUGCUAUGAGAGGCUGAAGCAGAGGUGCAGAGAGGAGGAGAAGGUCAUUCCUCUGGAGUAUCUGGAGUCCAUCCAUCAGCGCUACGAGGACUGGCUCAUUAAAGGAAGCUCCUCUCCGGUUCCUGCUCCAGUUCUGGUGAUCCCUGCAGACCACGACCUCCAGAAGAUGCUCCACAAGUAUGAGGAGCACCGAGAGAGGAUCCUUGCAACCAGCAGCUCCUGAUGCUGCGACAAAUGCUGCCUCACCUUCUCUGAGACCCAGAUCUAUUUAUUGGUUCUAAACCCUAAGCUGCUUCAUCAUCAACCCAUGAAUUUGAUUCUUUUCUGCACUGGACGGUUUUGGACCAAUCAGCAUGGCUACUCUGCCCGUACCUUUGCUGAGCGCCUCGAUUAAUGUUUGAAAAUUAGAAAAAGUCAAGUUUAAUCAGAUUCAUUCAGCGAGGAAAAAAAUCUACCGUUAAGAAUUGAAGUCAAUCCUGCCUAGAAAUUAGUCGCUCGUCCUGUUUGAUAGAGAGCAGUUUCCAAUGUCAUCUUUAUCCGGUUUAAAGACGAGCCGUUAUCAGUUCACCGGUAAAUCCCUUCAGUUUGGCCGUGGAAUCGGGUAUUUUAUUGUUAAGCUUCCAGGUGAGAGCUUACCUAACAGCUACUCCACCAGAGCUAAGAGCAACCUUAUUCAUCACUUUCCCUCAAGCUCCAAGUUUCAUCUGACACAACUUCUCUGCAGAGUUAAAGGAAUGUUUAGAUUUGUUGAUUUUUGUUCCGUAAAAUGCUGCUUCACUCGAAAACCUCAACUAACUCUACAGGGACAUUGGCUCCACAGUCAUUAAGGCAAAGAUGGCUGCAAACAGACAUUCUGUUCUGCUGAGAGCUAAAGAUUCUUUUUCCAAAGUGUUUCUGUUGAAGUUAACCUGCUUUAUUCUACCAUUUUUUUGGGGUGAGUUUUAUGAAUUGCAUCUCCUCACAGUUAAACUACAAGGAUUUAAUAAGAAUGCUGUUCCUAAAACUGAGCCUUCCAAAAAAUGAUGAAAGCAGAAAUUCGGAAAAAUAAUCAAAACAGCAAACAGUAUUGUUUGAAUUUUUACUUACAUUUUAGUCUAAAAAAAUUUUCUCUUUCCAUUUUUGAAAUGUGUUGUUUUCAGUAAUCUCUAUGGAAAACCUCCCACUGACAUUCCACCUCUGAAAACUGUUUUUUAUUAAUAAAAUAUCUUAAAAAGCAAAAAGAAAGUGAUCCGUUCUCCA